UUGUUUUUACCAGUUUUUGUGACUAAGCGACUUUAGGUAGAAACUGAAACGUUUUGGUGGCCUGGAUACGUAAAAAUGUAAUUAAAGGGGUCGUUUGGAUGAAACAUUGUGAUGAAUCAAUUGGCUCAUUAUGAGGUAAUUGGGCCAAAUUGACCCAUUUGGCUACAAAAAAAGGAAACGAAACAAUCUGGGCCGGGGAAAUGAGAAUUGCUCCGUUAGGGGUCAAUUGAAAAAACCUGGGGUGGGGGGAGGGAAUUUCAAUUGACGCAAUUUUUGUCUCCUCUUCCCAAUUCUGCCCUCUCUCUCGAGAAACAAACCACUCUAUUCUUCUUCUCUUCCCUUUCUCUUUCCUUUCUUUUUCUCUGCAACUGCGUUGUCAUUCCUCUUUUUUUCUCUGCAACUACGCUCUCAUUCCUCCUCUUCUUCUCUUUCUUGUGUAUCUAUGGCGGACAGAGGGAAGAAGAAUCAAGGUUAUGAUGGUCGCCGGCGGACAAAGGGAGGAAUAGAGAAACUCUGUUGCCGGAUUUGCAAAGAGGUUGUCGCCGUCCAGCCAUCAUCGUAGAGUCAAAGGAGUGAGUUCUCGGGGACCAGUCGGUGGGUCGAUUGACUCCGCGCAAAGGGAUUUUGACGCAUGUGUGUAAGUAGUGGGUCGAUUGACUCGAUCCUCGCCAGGCUCAAACGACGGCGAGAUUUGUUGGAGUUCCUCACCGGCAGUCCAGCCUCUGAUUCAAGGACCGAGAAGUCUCAAUCCUUCAAAUUGCGUCCGUCAACUUCAAAUCCGGUCGUCUCUGCUCUGAACGCCCAAUUUCAUUUGUGCCCUAGACCCCUAAUUUCUCACGGGGUUAGAGUCAAAUUCCAGAAACGGGAAACAGAAAGGUUAAGGUUUUGGAUUGCAACGGCUGAAGUUUCUCAAAAAGUUCUUCAGAUUCCCUCUACUCUUCCAGCUUGGGUUAAGGUUUUGGAUGUUCUGGUUUACAGGGAUAUUGGUUGUGUGAUUCGGAAAAAUCCGAUUGCUUGAUAGGGAGGGUUCUUUGGAUUGGUUUUGACAUUUGGUUAGUUGCAAAAACCACUUUUUUUAUUAUGUUUCGAUUUCAUUUGUGGGUAUUAUGAAAUCCAGAAAGUGUUCAUUUUGUAAAUGAAGAACUAAACAAAAACAAACCCAGAAACAAAAACUUGCAGAAGGGUAUAUUGGUAUUUCCUCGGAAAUGGCUUAUCUGCAUUUCUCCAUCUCAAAGUCCAUCCCAAACGACACAUUCUUGGCAAAUUUCCUCAUCAUAUUGACUCAUUUUCUAAAACGAGUCUUUUGGUGCAAAUUGACUCGUUUUGAGAAUGAUCCAUCCAAACGACCCCUAAGUUUUUACGUUUUAAUGCGUGAUUUUGAUUGCACUGGUUAUGAUAGACCGAAUCGAGCGGAUUACAUCAGAACUGCCAUCGUUACUACUCGAACGCCACAAUAAUGUUUGAAUCCCUCUUUUACCAUCCAAUGAUCUGCAAGUACUCAAUUACGUGCUUUAAAAUUUAAAUAUAAGGUGCCGGUCGUUUUUUUUAUUAUCAGCACAAGCAACACGCUUAUCUUAUUUUAAUAACUUUGAUCACUCUCCUUGGUCAAUGAUGUUGAUAAACUCCACCACAGCAGCAAUUAUUUGCCCCCCGUAAUUAAGUAUCUUUAAUUAU